AGAAACUAUAGCGCCAUCUUGUAAAAAUGGCUGCCUUGUUGUUGGCGACUGUUGGGUGCUUGUUUGGGAAUUAAUGUUUGUUUCCUUCAGUUAUUAUGAUUUAUGUUGAUCUGCCGUGCAAAAUUUAUUGAAUUCGCAUGCAUGGUUUAGUUAACUGAAACAUCAAAUCCGGAGUUCCGGGCCCCAACAGUUGUCCCUUAGGAAAGCAUUUUAUCAAUGACCCACCUUUAUAGUAUUUAAGUGUUACGCAGCAUGUCCAAGAUGUGGCCAGCGUCCCAGUACUCACACAGCAACGCUCACCAGCAGAAUGCUGGCAAGCCAAAUGAGCAUCAAAACCAACAGAACUUGAAAACUUUGGGCAUGACUUCCGCUAUAUCAAUGGCAGGUCCAAAGCCCAUAGACAUCGAGCGUACGAAUCAAUUGAAAGAAUCUCUAACCCCAUUCGGAGUGUUCGAAUCCGAAGCAGAGAUGCAUCAUCGGAUGGAGGUGCUGGGCUCACUGCACAGGCUCGUCAGGCAGUGGAUAAGAGAUGAGUCGCUGCGGAAAAACAUGCCGCCCAGCGUGGCGGACACCGUCGGAGGGAAUAUAUACACGUUCGGAUCAUACAGGCUCGGGGUACAUCACAGAGGCGCGGAUAUAGACGCUUUGUGCGUCGCGCCGCGUCACAUCGACAGGACGGAUUACUUCCAGUCGUUCUACGAACUGCUCAAGUUGCAGCCACAGGUGAAAGAUCUGAGAGCGGUGGAAGACGCGUUCGUGCCCGUAAUAAAGAUGAAUUUUGACGGCAUCGAGAUAGACUUGCUGUUCGCUAGGCUCGCGCUCAAAGAGAUACCUGACUCGUUUGACCUCCGCGACGACAUGCUGCUCAAGAACCUGGAUCAGAAGUGCGUUCGGUCGCUGAACGGAUGUCGCGUCACCGACGAGAUCCUGCGCCUCGUGCCCGAUAUCAAUAACUUCCGGCUCACGCUGCGAGCGAUCAAACUUUGGGCUAAACGUCACGGUAUAUACUCAAACACGCUGGGUUACUUGGGUGGAGUGUCGUGGGCUAUGCUAGUAGCUCGCACAUGCCAGUUGUACCCGAACGCCUUGCCUGCGACUCUCGUGCACAAGUUCUUCCUCGUGUUCAGCCAGUGGAAGUGGCCGCAGCCUGUGCUGCUCAAACAACCGGACCAUGUUAACUUGGGGUUCCCGGUUUGGGAUCCUAGAGUAAACAUGUCGGACCGUUUCCACUUGAUGCCGAUAAUAACGCCCGCGUACCCGCAACAGAACUCCACAUUCAACGUGUCUGCCUCCACCAGAACAAUCAUCAUGGAAGAGUUUAGAUUAGGUCUAACGAUAACGGACGAAAUAAUGCUCGGCAAAUGCGGAUGGGAGCGUCUGUUCGAGGCGCCGAACUUCUUCUCGCGGUACAAGCACUUCAUAGUGCUGCUCGCGUCGUCAGCCACCACCGAGGACCAGCUGCAGUGGUGCGGCCUCAUCGAGAGCAAGAUCAGACAUCUUAUCACGACGUUGGAGCGGAAUCAGCACAUAACGAUAGCGCACGUGAACCCCGAGUGCUACAACUCGGUGCCGCUCAACUCUAAUAACGGACAGCCGCUCGCUUUGCCGCCAGGAACUCCCAUACCCGAUGACCCUGCGCCUGAAAUUAAAAAGAAUGACAAGGGUGAGGUGAUAGCGAACCUCUGUUCGAUGUGGUUCAUCGGACUGGUGUUUGAGAAGACCAGCGUCAACGUGGACCUCACGUACGACAUAUCCUCAUUCACCAAAGCGGUGCACUACCAGGCAGAGAACACUAACAUGGCGCGCGAGGGACUCACCAUUGAGGCGCGUCACGUGCGGCGCAAGCAGCUGCCGCAGUACCUGUCGGCGUCGCUGCUGAAGCGCGAGCGCACCAUCUCGGGCGCGCGGCGCCGCCCGCACGAGCCCGCGCCGCCCGCGCCGCUCGCCCCGCACGCGCCGCACGCACCGCACGCCCCGCACGCACCGCACAAGAAGACCAAGCGAUUGUCAGAGAGCAGCACGGAUGAAGUAAGCGUCCUAUCCUACAACGAAGACUCAAAUUCCUCAAACGUGUACGAAGUGAACCUGCAGAAUGGCACGCACCCGCCCGCCGCGGACAAGGACAAGGAGCAGCCCGCGUCCACGUCGAACAGCAUCGCGUGCACGUAGCACUACGAGCAGUGGCGCCACCGGUUCAUAUUCGGCACCGGACGCGCUCGUACCGCCAAAGCCAAGCGGACGUAAACACCCAACAUGGCCUAGCACACUGGGGGACCUGUAUCUAGACAUUAAUACAACAUAACCCCCAGUAUUGCUGAGUAAAAUCGUACACAAGGGCCAAACUUCCAAGACACUACGGACAAAUGUGACUUAACUGUGAACAGUGAUAGUGUGUGUGAUACAGGAUCAAUAAGGUUAUAAACUUUGGUGCAAUUUAAUGUUUUGGUUGUACGUGGUUAUCCGCUAAGAUUGUACGAAUUUUCGCAGAGGCGGGCGCGCGGCGAAUACGUAACCUAACGCCCGGUAAGUAUGCUUGACGUGUACAUACGUUUUAGAGAUGUUACAAUCAACUCUGUGUCACAAACAUGUAGCCACCGUUGUAUAUACCACACUAAUUUAUUAUGAAUGAUUAAACACGAUCUUCUCUCUAGAUGUCGCGCGGAGACGUCACGACGUGUGAUCACGUAAGUCUGUGUCGUACGCAGCAGAUGUUCUAUAGAGCGAUGCGUGCAACUCGCGCGAGUGAAGGUACGGUAAGCUGUGUAGGGGAUUAGGUCGUAAGUUGUCGAUUUGUGGAAAUUUAUUAGGAGCAAUAUUAUUAUGGGUACAUUUUAAGAACGGCUUAUAUUUGUGGCAAUAUUCACUCUAGGAUAUUGUAAUGGUGUUGAAAUGAGUAGCAUCCAAAUAUGCCAUUAUAAUAUUUUGAAACAUCCUGUUGCUGGAUUGUUUGAAACUCGUGUUGUCUAAGAUAGCGGUGAAGUCAAUGUAGCGUCAUUAAAGUCAAGGUAGAGGGUCCUAGAUAGUAUUUUGUUAAAUUAUUUUUUCGUGUCGAUUUUAUUACAUUCACUAUGUUUCAUCUCUGCUAUCUUGGAUACCUCGAGAUAACUGCAUAUUUUUUAUCGAGUUUUCAUAAUGCACUGUGGUUCGAUAAGGUACACUUAUCACUAUUCUAAGAUUGCUGCCCUAACUACACCAUUCCACAUGCAACAUCAAUGCUACCCGCGUAAUGACACCUCAUAGUUAAUAUUAAACGAGAUAAGAGUAACAUUUUUAACAAUUAUAAAUUCGAGGAUUUUGUCUUCUAUUUAUAUACUUUAGUAUUAUAUUUGUAUAUCGUAAAAAUAUAUUUUUGUAUCUUGUUUCAUGAUAGAGUUGUGUGUAACCACUCGAUAGAAUAUCUAUUGCUUACGUCUAACCGAGAGUAAAUGUAAAUAAGUUGUGUCCAUUCGAGAUGGUUUAACGUAUGUGCCGGGCCACAUUUGACGUAAUUUACGUCGCUAACCUUCCCAGCUCGAACCGUUCACACUCAGCCGAAAGUCCGUCGCCUAAUUAACAUGUGCUAGAAUACGCGGCGGUAGGUCGGCAACGUAUAUUAACGUCAGAUGUGGCUCGGACCCAAGUGGUUUUAUUUGCAGGUCCACACGGACGGGACGUCGCGUCGGCGUCACGUAAGUUACGUCACGCUAUGUCAGAUUUAGGAAGUUCGCACGUUUGCAAGAAAGCUAGCCAAUUCAUAGCCAUUAGGAUAAGCAUAGACAACAAUUGUACAUAGUAAAUUUAAAAAUUCUUGUCAAAAUAAUUUGUAAUAUAGAUUUACUUAUGGGUGAUACUAAACAUAAGUUGGUGUUUUUGGUACUUAAAAAAAAAUGUUUUCAGAUGUUUUCACGGCUUUCUUGCGAACGGUAUGAUAGUACAAAGUGGAAGAAAUUUUGUACCUCAUUUAUUUUCUUUUUAAUUCUUUUUUAUUAUAACUCGACAACUUGACUGUUAUCGGCUCUGGCUUCGUGCGUCCAUGUCCAAACGUAUAAUAGUGAUUGUUACAAAUUAGAAAUAGAAUAUAUUUAUUAGAACUUAGACCCUUGUGAGCCCUCCUGAUAUGCAUGCUUGGCUUUUUUCAUGCAUUCUAGCCUCUCCUUCUAUAUUGUAUGUAGUGUUCUUUACAGCAUUGCUCAAUGUAUACCAUACAAAUAAGGAAAACUUUUACCACCGCAGUUCGCAGCUACUGAUAUCAUUCUAUAGCGAACAACAUUUAGUUUUUACGCCAUGUGGAUAAAGAUAAUACAGAAUGUAGUUAUUGUGUGUGCCAGAAUUAAACCUAGCUUUUAUUAGUGUUUACUGUUUAUUUCAUUUGUUACAUAAACCAUUAAUUUGUCACUGUAAAUAAAGUAAUUGAUUUAUUUGUAUAAUGAAUCCACAGUUUUACAUUUUCUAUGAUCCACUUUACAUUGAAUUUCAUAUAGUAUUGUAUUAUCUAUUUCACUUGCAUUUGAUUACUUGAUAGAAAUAAUAUUUUCACCCUACCAACGAAUAAAUAAACAUUCGAGUUGUCGAGUAACACUUUGUCAAAUUGAAGUUUUUGUAGCGUUUUUUAUAUUGUAGAUUUGAAUGUAACGUUUCUUCUACUUAGGUAACAACACGCAGGGUAUAUCGCUGGUAUUUAUUUUGCCGAACAAUUUUACGGUUAGUCGCGCGUCGGAGGUGUGACUCGCGUCCAAUAGACGGCAAGGGCGGGGCUGUUGUGACAGUGACAGUUUUUUUUUUAAUUCGCCGCCAUCUUGAAAUGGCGGUAGUUCGAAAAAUUCAAUGACCGGAAGGCUUUCUCAGUUGUGUACGAUUUUUUUCGCUCGAUUAUUUCAUAAUUAUAUAAUUUACGUAUACUUCGGCUUCUAGUCAUGAGUGUACGCGAGUUUUGAUUAUUAUAGAAGUAUAUUUGGGGUUCCCGCCACAGAAUCGACGCCGUCCUGCAUACGAGUGAAGACAUCAAAAUCUUUGAGGAACAGACACUGCUGUACACAAUAUGACGUGAAUCAAGUUAAACAAUUAAAGCACAAUGUUUAUGAAUUGAUUGAGCAAAAAAUCGUAGUAGCUGGGAUGUAGUUUCGCAGGCCACUGUAGAAAUUAGGUAUGUUUUAUUUGUUUUGAAAACAAUGUUUUGAUUUCUAAUCGAAGGCAGUUUAUUGUCUGUAGAUUUGUAGAGUUCGGUUGAAAAGUCUCCUAGGCCGAUUAGAGCGAGAAAUAAAAAAAAAUGCGUUCGUAUUUUUUAAGUUCAAAAAAAAAAAUGUAUUUUUAGAUAAAAUUGUUAUAAAAAAAUUAAGUUACAAAAAAAAUAUUUUGUGCAGCUGAUGAAUGACAGUAAUGUCUUUCCGCACAUUUAACAAUAAGAUUUGAUCAGAUAGGAUUAGGGCUAUUUUUUAUAAUUAUUUUGUAAUUGAAAGAAAAAGUCGUAACUUAAUUCAAAAGGAAAUACAGUAUGAACUAAUAAACUUUUUGGAAGAAUUCAUUAUAAUAUGGCAGAAAAAUAUUCGUUUUUCAAUUGAAAAUAUCAUAGUCACAGCAACCCCGUUCUCACAACGCGUGAACUUCAACUAGAUGAUAAAACAGAAUAAUUCCACCUAGAUUUAUAAGACUCAAUGUAGUUUUCAAUUAAGGACCUUCUCGAUUAUAUGUAAGUUGUAUAUAUCAAUAGACAAUUGAUUAUUCUAUAUGAGAAUAUAUAUCUGCGAAAAUGAUUCAAAAUUAAAAAAAAAAGAAAUAAAUGUAUAUACAAAAA